UUCUGACUUUUGAAGAUGGAUGAAGGCACAGAAGUUUCAACUGACGGAAAUUCCUUGAUCAAAGCGGUCCAUCAGAGCCGACUGCGCCUCACGAGACUUUUGCUAGAAGGCGGUGCCUACAUCAACGAGAGCAAUGACCGUGGAGAAACACCUUUAAUGAUUGCUUGUAAGACCAAACACAUCGACCAGCAGAGCGUCGGGAGAGCCAAGAUGGUUAAAUACCUUCUGGAGAACAGCGCCGACCCCAACAUCCAGGACAAAUCUGGGAAAAGCGCUCUGAUGCACGCAUGCUUAGAAAGAGCUGGCCCGGAGGUGGUUUCCUUGCUCCUCAAGAGUGGGGCGGACCUCAGCCUGCAGGACCAUUCUGGCUACUCAGCUCUGGUUUAUGCUAUAAAUGCAGAAGACAGAGAUACCCUGAAAGUCCUCCUUAGUGCUUGCCAGGCUAAAGGAAAAGAGGUCAUUAUCAUAACGACAGCAAAGUCGCCCUCUGGGAGGCACACCACCCAGCAAUACCUCAACAUGCCUCCGGCAGACAUGGAUGGGAGCCAUCCGCCGGCCACGCCUUCAGAAAUUGACAUCAAAACAGCCUCCUUGCCACUCUCAUAUUCCUCUGAGACGGACCUGACACUUUUUGGCUUUAAAGAUAAGGAGUUUUCUGGAAGCAGUGAUAACACCUGGGACCCAGACUCUCCUAGGCAGAAGCCUGGGAUGGCCACUAAUGGGCCCAAGCUAUCCCAGGCUGGUCCAGCCUGGAUCAAGAGUACCCCAUCACUAAAGCACCAGGCCAGAGUGGCCUCCUUGCAAGAGGAGCUCCAAGAUAUCACUCCAGAGGAAGAAAUAGCCUACAAAACCAGUGCGCUGGCGCUUUCUAAGCGGUUCAUCACCAGGCACCAGAGCAUCGAUGUAAAAGACACAGCGCACUUGCUCAGGGCCUUUGACCAGGUCAACUCAAGGAAGAUGUCGUAUGAUGAAAUAAAUUACCAUUCUUUGUUUCCAGAAGGCAACCAGCCAUGCAUGGAAAUUCCGACUGACCAGGACCCGGACUCCAACCAGGCUCUCUUUACCUCCACUUUAAAAAGUAUCGUUCAAAAGCGAAACUCGGGAGCCAAUCACUAUAGCUCUGAUUCUCAGCUCUCAGAGGGGGCUACCCCUCCAAACUUAGAAGAUGGCAAAGCUGGAAAGAAAAAGAUCUUCGCGCCAUCUCCUUCCUUGCUAACAGGGUCUAAAGAAUUAAUGGAGACCGUCCCUCCGGGUCCCCUGAGCAGAAGGAAUCACGCGGUCUUAGAAAGGCGGGGCUCUGGAGCCUUCCCCAUUGAUCACAGCCUCCUGCAGAGCAGACCCGGGUUUCUGCCACCCUUAAAUGUAAAUCCUCACCCUCCUAUCACAGACAUCGGUGUCAACAAGAUCUGCAGCCUGCUUUCUUGUGGCCAAAAAGUGCUUGUGCCCACGGUUCCUAGUUUCCCGAAGGAGUUCAAAAGCAAAAAGAUGUUGUUAAGGAGGCAGUCACUGCAGACAGAGCAAAUUAAGCAAUUAGUAAAUUUUUAAGAGACGACUAGAAAACACAUCAUGUUCAGACGUCUGUAUCAGAAAAACACAGAGAAGAGAUCUUAACUGUAUCCUUUUAAGUCUUAGCUAGUGCAUCACGGCUAGGCAGAUCAAAAUAUAGUGUAUUUUGUAUUAGGUACUGUGAGCACACCAUAAUAUAGAGCUUCUGAGGAAAUCCUAACAAAAUGAAAGCUGUUUUUCUUAAAACCUCCAGUAUUUAUCAGCUUUCAUGUGGCCCAAGUUUUCCAUCCAAACAGAAAUCCUCCAAGAAAGAAAGUUGCCUAUACUAGAAAUGAUUUUUAAAAUUUCAGAUUGGCUUCAUGUUCUAUUAAGAAACCAUGUUCUCAAGUUAGUAAUUUUGUCAACACUUCAUGUCAACAAGGUUGUAAUUUUCCAUGAUGCCGAAAUCAUAGAAGAAGACACUGACAUCAGCAAAGCUAAACUACACGAGAAGGAUAAACAGGUUCUUUAAAAACAUUGACUCAGGCAGGUAAAGUCUUAUUAAAUUUUUUUUUUUUUUAAACAUGAAGAACUAGUUAGAAUAAGCAACCACUGUUCUUAUAUAAUGGCUGCUAAAUCUGAACCAAAAUGUCAGUCGAGGGGGCUGGGGAGAUGGCUCAUUGGCCGUGCAAGACUGAUAACCUGAGUUUAGAUCCCCAGAAUCCAGGUAACAGCUAUGCCUAGCAGUACACGUUUCCGUAAUCCCGGCAUUCUCUGUGGAGAUAGGAGGGGCAGAGCCAGGAGCAUGUCCAGAAGCUCAUGGCUCAGACAGACUGACUAACGCUGAGGUGAGGAGACCCUGCCUUAUCUCAAGGGGAUAAGGGGUGACUGAUGCCCGAAAGUUAUCCUCUGACAGCCACACACCCCUCCUCCCAAACUGGCAAGGCCGAGCAGCAAACCACAGGCCAAAUUCUGCUGGUUUUGCACGUGUGUUGAUUUCAAACGGACUUACCAAUCAUGCUAUCUUAAGGAAUUAUUCCUCAUGUUAUUUUUGGGUAUCUUAUCCAUAGGUUUCCAAUACCAAGCUAAUAUAAAAAUUAAAAAGGAUUCACCUUGACCUCCAUUAUUCUUGUCUGCCCAAGAGAAACACCCAAAACAGAGCAGAGAGGGGGGUGCAAAAAAGUUUCAGAUUGAACAUAAAUGGAAAUUAAAUGCUUGCUUCAUUUAAAAAAAAAGAAAAAACUGAUUAAUAGAUUAGUUUAGCUUAGCUAAAAUUACAAAAGCCAAGUAGAAACUUAAUCAUAAAAUAUAUUACCGGGUCAUUACUAAGCAGUAUCUUUAUUUCUGAUAUGUAGUUAUUAGGCAGUCAUAUAAAGAUAAUGUCCUUGGUGUGACAUUUGGGUCAUCUAGUAUUUUAGGGUCUAUGAGUAACUUUUAACAAAAUACACAUUAUUAUAAGAUAUUUAAUGAAAAAUGACAAUGUUACCUACAUGACUUCAAAGGCUGGUGUUCAAAGAAUUCUUCCCUACAGCUGUUCUCAAGCAAAGACUAAUAAAACCGGAAGACCCAAGGUGUGAGUCUAAUGACGUCAUCUACAGCUUUCUUUCUUUGCCCCAGAGGUGGCUCCAUGCCUUUCUUAGUAAUUUGAUAUACGCAAUUUGAAAUGUACAUAGAAAUUAUUUAAUUAUUUGUGGCUUUUAUUUUAAGAACUAAUUGCAGGCCUUUCCAUUUAAUGUUUUGAAGAAAAUAUUAAUUACAUUAGAAAAUAUUUUUUAUUGAGAAACUAAAAUUGUACUGAUGUUUGUAAGUAGCCGAAUUCCUUUCACAAGUUUUAAUAUCGCAAAAAGUACUUGAUCUCACAUUGUAAGG